AUGGAAAAUAGCGUUAGCGCAGCAGAUGCUACGCCAUGCGACGAUGACGGGAAUUCGCCAAACAUUAAAACAGAAGAUUGCCCAAGCGAAACACUUGUGGCCGGCGAACCUAGUACGUCGCCAGAUAUCUACAAGUCGAAUUCAAGUGGCGAUAUGGACCACGUAGAUUUAAAAGGGAAAGAAAAAUGCACUGAUGAAACCUGUAUGACUGGCGAAAAUCAUACUUCGCCUGACAUCCUCAAAUCAGAUCGACAUGUUAAUGUUGGCGACGUGGAUUGCAAAGAGAUAGAAAAUUUCCCCACGGAAACACUUGCAACCAAGGAGCCCGAGAAUUGUCCGUCAUCACACGCCGACAAAUCGAAUGAAGAAGCCGGUGUAGAUGACCUGGGCUGCAAAGUAGAAGAAAAGUGUUCCGCGGAAACCCUUGUGACAAACGAAAACGCUUUCGCUGACGCCGAUGAAUCUUAUCAAGAUGCUGAUGAGAAUAAUGUAGAUUUGAAGGAAGAAGGGAAUGCGUCAUUAGAAGGUUAUGCAGAACUUACCACAUCCGUUAAGCAAUUGGAGAUAAAAGAUGACGAUGUCAACAACAACAAACAAUCAGAGGAAGCGUCAAACACAUUCGACAGCGACGAAUCUGAGUACGACAAAGCGAAGGAGCUGCCUUCCAGCGACGACGACGAGGCACCUGUGCAUUUAAAAGGUUGUGUGGUAGAGGAAGUUGAUCGCAGCGAUCCAGCCUUCGUUCCGAAGCGCGGUGGCUUCUAUCAACACGACUUGCGAGUUUUCGACGAAUCAGCACAGACUCAACGUGUACCUCGAAAGCAGCAUUGGGACGCCAAGUCUUCGAAAUGGCAGCAUGACAAAUUCGAUUUCGAGGAACAAGCUCCAAAGACUAAAUACGAAAUAGUUUCACAGUACGGCUAUGAUAUCAGAGAUGACAACAAAGUGCCACCUCCUGGAUUUCGUCGCCGAUACAACCGUGGUGGUAGGGAUUUCAUCAAAACCGGAGGAUGGGGUAGACAGGCGAGCCCACCGUUCGAUUCUUCAGAGCUACGGAAUCACUCAUACGAACCGUACGCUGACGCUGAUUAUGACAAAACCAAAACAGCACCUGUACCGUCCUGUGAAGCUGACCAGCAGCACAAAGGUAACGAGUUUGUCCGUACCAAGAAUGCAACAAGUCCAUUGGCUCGGGAACGACAUGAAGUUCGUGAAUCGGCAUCGACGUCAGAUCAAACUUCCGACUACAACUGUUAUGACAGCCGAACGGCGCAAGCACUUUCUCCGACCAGACGAAAUGCACCUGAAAUUUAUCCAGAAAGACCGGGUAGCUUUUACAGGAGAGCGUCAGUAAAUGAUGCUCCCGCGGGCGGCGAUGAAGCAGUCUCGAGUUUCGAACCUAGACGCGGCUCCUACAAGGGUUCAAGUGACGUCAGAAAUUAUUCGUUGAAGACGAAGGCCAAUGUAGUCAACAACGAUUCUUCCUUGCCACUGUCGACGACUGUUUCCAAGUCGCCGCCGGAUAUCACUGGUCGACGAAGAGCUUCUUCAGAAAGUCGAUCUUUCGCAUCUGGCAGGCGUUCGUCGCAGGAAGACGUUGACAGACAACCGACGUCAUACAAAACAAACGACUCAAAGGUGAAUGCGCAUGAGGAAUCGAGCAAGCCGGCGGCCAGCGCCGGAACGACGAAGCGUUACUCGACGUUGCGUCAGCAAGUUCAUCAGCAGCACGCGUCUGAUGCUCAGGACCAGCAUCGCCAGUCUUUCGCAGUGCCUCCGCCAACGGCGACUACGGUCCCUUUUCUAAACCAACAAGAAGUCGCAGCUGUAGAAAGCUUACCUCUGCAGCCUGUCUACCCGCAGUACCUUGCUCCUGUUCAUCGUUCAAUGACGUCAUACCAGUCGCCGCCAUUUUACGACGGUAUGUGCCGUCAGUACUCUAGAUGCCGAAAUCACCACGCUCGUUCAAUUAUUUAUUCAUAAAA